GCGAUAACAGCUGCAGUUUUGUCAGCGAUCAGCGAUAUAGUGGCUCAGAAGAUCACUGGCAUUAAGAAACUUCAGAUGAGACGCCUUCUUCUUAAAGUGCUUUUCGGUUUUGCCUAUCUUGGACCAUUCGGACAUUUUCUUCACUUAUUGCUCGACAAACUUUUCAAGGGGAAGAAAGACACAACAAUUGUUGCAAAAAAGGUGGUUAUCGAACAAGUGACAUCUUCGCCUUGGAAUAACUUGCUUUUCAUGAUUUACUAUGGGUUAGUUAUUGAAAGUAGACCUUGGAUCCAGGUGAAGUCUAAUAUCAAGAAGGAAUAUCCAAAAGUGCAGUAUACGUCUUGGACGUUCUGGCCCGUUGUUGGUUGGAUUAAUCACCAGUAUGUGCCACUUCAGUUUCGAGUUAUCUUUCACAGCAUUGUGGCAUGUUGCUGGGGAAUUUUUUUGAAUCUACGCGCAAGAUCGAUGGCAUUGAAGAAAGCUUGAAAGUCUUAAAGUUGCAAACUGGACAUGGUAAUACGUUCAUAUGUUUGAGUAAACCAUCCAGUAACCCUGAACUAUGUCCAAAUUUUCUACGACACACUCCAACUUCGCAGGGGUCCUAUUACACCAAACUCAAUUUUAGUGUAUUUUUGUCACCCUUUUUAUCUGUUAACUGACGUGGCACCUUUGACGUGGGCGUCAUUUUUAUGUAAUAAAUGUGUCAUGUCAGCACAAAAGGAUGACAAAAAUAAGCUAAAAUUGAGUUCAACGGGUAAUAGGACCCAUGCAAAGUUGGAGUGUGUCGUAGCAACUUUGACCAUAGUUCGAGGGGUACUGGAUGCUUAUCUCUUCACAUGUUCAAAAUAAUAGACGUGUGCUUCUUUAAGCUCCGGCCAACCUAUACAAGAUGUUGCGCGGUUUCUCUCAGCUACUAGUGGCUUAUUAUUUUCCAAUGUAUACGAGAUGUUGUUCUUAGUUUUGUUGUAUUUUGUCUUUCUUUUUUUGUUUUAUUUUCUUGAAUAUUAGGACAUACUACAAAGCUUAUUAUAGGGAUAGUUUAUUUCAUUUCGAUGCUUUUUAAAUUCGAUUCGUUUACGUCAUGGAUGACGACGACACAUAUAUAAGAACUCAAAACAACUCCA